AAGGAUAAAACUUGGGUUGAUAAAAGAUCGGAAUAUGUUCAUGAAAAAUUUAAACGUAGGUUUGAAGAAUUGACCCAAGAAACAACUUCACAAGGAACUCCUCCACCAAAUGAAUUAGAUGUGUGGUGUGAGGUUGCUGGAAUAAAAAGAGGACGAGUAUAUGGUCUCGAAAUGGAAUCUACUGUAUUAUUAGGGAGACCUAAUUAUCGUGGAUCAUGUUCUUCAUCAACAGAGUGGGUUCAAAGACAUGAAUUUGAAGAAAUAAGAAAUGAAAGAGAUCAACUUCGAGAGGAAUUGGCUAAUACAAACAAAGCAGUUGAGCGCAACAACUACUUGAUAAAGCAAUUGAUGAAUAGCUUGAACUUUAAACCCAUGCCAUAUACUACAGAUCAAAUUCAUGAAGAUGGGGUUAGUGAUAAUGAUAAUGAGAUUGGUGAUAAUGAUGCUGGUGAUUUUGAUGAUGAGAUUGCUGAUAAUGAUGCUCGUGAUCAUGAUGGUGAAGAGUUAGAUGGAUAGUGAUAAGUUAAUUAAUAUGUUGCAAUUUGUUAUGACUAAAUAUAUUAUGUUUAAACUAUUUUUUUUUGGGUAUU